AUGGCUCUGGUAGACUCAAACUAUGAGUUUAUUUUUGUUGACGUUGGUAAAAAUGGCAGGAUGUCCGAUGGGGGUGUUAUUGAAUACACAACCUUUUACAACAAAUUAUUAAGAGGACAAUUAAAUUUACCCGAGAGAAGCGAGAAUGUUCAUUAUUUAAAUUACGUUUUCAUUGGUGAUGAAGGUUUUGCUUUGAAUGAAAACUUUUUGACCCCCUACCCGCAAAGAGAACUUGAUCAUGAAAAACGAAUCUUCAAUUACAGACUCUCACGUGCUCGUAAUGUUGUUGAAAAUACUUUUGGCAUAAUUGCCUCUAGAUUUCAGAUACUACGUACACCUAUUAACAUGAAACCAGAAAAUAUAUGUUACAUAGUACUAGCAAUAUGUAGUAUUCAUAUUUUUUUAAGAAAGAGAAGUAAUUUUUAUAUGUCAGCAUCAACCGUGGACAAAGAAAAUAUUGAAUCGAGUACUGUUUUAGACGGAGAUUGGCGCCAAAACAGCUCUGAACUAACUCCAUUGGACAGAUAUUCGGCCAGAAAUGUGCCUUCCUUAGCUAAACAGAGUAGAGAUGAAUACAAAACAUAUUUCAAUACAAUAGGUAAGGUUUCUUGGCAAGAAACUAUGAUAAACGCUGGUAGAUCAUAG